GGAAGGGGUGGGAAGCCGGACUACAGCCCCUACAAUCCUUAUGGGCAGACUGAGCGACGGUGGCGUGCCUGGUGAAUGAGUUCACUGCGGUGCUGCCCUCCCAGUUUCAUUCGAGCCAGGGCGGGCGGCGAGAAGACGCCUGCCAGAGGCGGGUGGGAGUGCCCAGCCAGCCGGGUAGGCGAGGCCAGAAUGGUUUAACAUCCAAAGCGAGAGCAGCGGAGUAGAGGAAGCUCCCGAUCAGGGUUCAGGGGACCGGGGCAGAACCCACCCCUCCGAUUCAUGGCCAACAGGGGCGGCUGGGGAACCCCAUCUGGUGCCAGCCGGCGGCCGGGAUGGGAGGCGGCAGCUGCUGAGGUGUAACCGGGCGCCGUGCAGCGUGUCUUCCCCACCGCCCCCUGCCUCUCUUCCCAAAGCGUUCGAUCUCUCCCCAGCCAUGUCGGGGGCCACGGAGGAGGAGGAGUACACCAAACUGGUGAUGGAAUCGCAGCCCGAGUGGCUGCGGAGCGAGGUCAAGCGGCUCUUCCACGAACUAAGCGAGACCACCCGCGAGAAGAUCCAGGCGGCCGAGUAUGGGCUGGCGGUGCUGGAGGAGAAGCAGCAGCUCAAGCAGCAGUAUGAGGAACUGGAGGUUGAAUACGAGACCAUCCGCAGCGAGAUGGAGCAGCUCAAGGAGGCAUUCGGACAAGCCCACACUAACCAUAAGAAAGUUGCUGCUGAUGGAGAGAGCCGUGAAGAAACCCUAAUUCAGGAGUCUGCCACUAAGGAGGAGUAUUAUGUGAAGAAGGUCUUGGAACUGCAGACCGAGUUGAAGCAGUUGAGAAACGUCCUUGCCAACACCCAGUCGGAGAAUGAACGCCUGAACUCUGUGGCACAGGAGCUGAAGGAGAUCAAUCAGAAUGUUGAGAUCCAGAGGGCCCGCCUGCGAGAUGAUAUCAAGGAAUAUAAAUUUCGCGAAGCUCGUUUGCUGCAAGACUACACUGAACUUGAGGAGGAGAACAUCUGUCUCCAGAAACAAGUUUCGGUCUUGAAGCAGAAUCAAGUGGAAUUUGAAGGUCUCAAACAUGAAAUCAAAAGGCUCGAGGAAGAAACAGAGUAUCUCAAUAGCCAGCUGGAAGAUGCAAUCCGGCUGAAGGAGAUUUCAGAGCGGCAGCUGGAGGAGGCCUUGGAGACAUUGAAGACUGAGCGAGAGCAGAAGAACAACCUCCGGAAGGAACUGUCUCAUUACAUGAACAUCAACGACUCCAUGUACACUAGCCACCUGAACAUUUCCUUGGAUGGGCUGAAGUUCAGUGACGAAACCACUGAGCCCAAUAAUGAUGAUAUCAUGAUGAAUGGCUUUGAACAGAGCUGCUUGAGCAAGAUGAACAGUGAUAACAGAAUGUCAACCCCCAGAAAGGAUGACAGCUUCCCUCCAGCACCAAGUCUGGUCUCGGAUCUUCUAAGCGAACUCAACAUCUCUGAGAUCCAGAAGCUGAAACAGCAACUUAUGCAGGUGGAAAGAGAAAAGGUGAAUUUGUUGUCCACACUCCAGGAGUCCCAGAAACAGCUGGAGAAUACCCGGGGAGCUCUCUCCGAGCAGCAUGAGAAAAUCAGCCGGCUCACUGAAAAUCUGAAUGCCCUGAAGAAGCUCCAUGUCAGCAAGGAACGCCAGUCAGCCCUGGACAACGAGAAAGAACGUGACAGCCAUGAGGAUGGGGAUUACUACGAAGUGGAUAUCAAUGGCCCGGAGAUCCUGGAGUGCAAGUAUAAGGUGGCGGUGGCAGAGAUCAGUGACCUGAAGGAUGAGCUGAAAGCCCUGAAGAGCAAAUGUGAGGAGUGUGAGUCAAAAUAUGAGGCGGAGAAGGGCAGGUAUGAGACUGACAGCCAGGUCCUGACUGAAAAGAUCGCCCUGCUGGAAAAAUCAAGCAGGCAGGACAGAGAUCACGUCACCAGACUGGAGAAGGAGCUGAAAAAAGUUAGCGACGUGGCUGGAGAAACACAAGGCAGCCUCAGUGUGGCCCAGGAUGAGCUCGUUACCUUCAGUGAAGAGCUGGCCAACCUGUACCACCAUGUCUGCAUGUGCAACAACGAGACCCCCAACAGGGUGAUGCUAGAUUACUACAAAGAGGGCAAAGGCGGUGGACGCAGCAGUCCUGAGGGCAAAGGCAGGAGGUCACCUAUCUUGCUGUCAAAGGGACUGUUGGCAAUUGACCUGGGCAAAUCCGAGAGCGGGAGUGGGGAGAGUACCCCUUCCCCAGUGUCCUCCCUCCCAUCCCCCAUAUCGGAUCCUCGUAAAGAGCCCAUGAACAUCUACAACCUGAUUGCCAUCAUCAGGGAUCAAAUCAAACAUCUUCAGGCGGCGGUGGACAGAACAACGGAGCUUUCUCGGCAGAGGGUGGCGAGUCAGGAACUGGGCCCUGUGGUGGAUAAAGACAAGGAGGCUCUGAUGGAGGAGAUUCUGAAACUGAAGUCUCUGCUUAGCACCAAGCGAGAACAGAUAGCGACUCUGAGGACGGUCCUGAAGGCCAACAAGCAGACUGCUGAAGUAGCCCUGGCCAACUUGAAGAGCAAAUAUGAAAAUGAGAAAGCAAUGGUAACGGAGACAAUGAUGAAACUGCGCAAUGAGCUGAAGGCAUUAAAAGAAGAUGCUGCUACCUUCUCUUCCUUGAGAGCCAUGUUUGCCACAAGAUGCGACGAAUAUGUCACACAGCUGGAUGAAAUGCAGCGCCAGCUUGCAGCUGCUGAAGAUGAAAAGAAAACCCUAAACAGCUUGCUGCGAAUGGCCAUCCAGCAGAAACUGGCUCUGACCCAGCGCCUGGAGCAUCUGGAGCUCGACCACGAGCAGUCGAAAAGGGUGCGCACAAAAUCGGCCUCCAAAGCCAAGACCAGUACCCCUAGUGUAAGUCACAUCCGGUCCUGUGCAGACAGGUCAGAGGGGGCUAUGCUUAACAACCAGGUGUUUUGCACUGAGAAGUAUAAGAUCUAUUGCGACUAGGGAAGCCUAUGAGAAAAUUGCAUCUAAUUUUUGUCCUGCGACUGUCAACUUAAAGCCCCACUAUCCAUUAACGUGGCAGUGAGUUGACCCGUGCUAGUAUAUUGUUAAAACCGUGUGAUACAAAUUGUAUUACAUGGUCUUAACUGGAACUCAAUACAUAUGUAAAGGGAAUGGUUAAGAGUGGAAGGCAGUUGACUGCUUCCACGAUGAACAUGUAUGGUUUUAUGUUGAUGAGUAAAUGUUGAAAGAAGAAAAUAUGUACUGGAUUAUAUACUACAUUUGGUGUUACUAACUGUGGUCAAUAGAGCACAAAUGGGAUCCUCGCUUCCCCAGUCCCUCAGGAUUACAGCGUACUUCAAAUUAAAUUCUGCCUUGUCAGGUAAGAAGGCUAGCCUACAAUCACCUUAUUACUAUGUCGGAGAAGUGGUGAAAGGCAAUACUUAAGAUGUGUGACAUAGAAGACGUGAAAUAUUUUUAGACCAGGCAUCAAAAUGCUAUUUGCUUGUUGGUGGCCAUUUACCUACAAGUGGCAGCCAUUUCACCACCGAUCAAAGUCCCAAAGCUCUGAAGGCAGGAAGAGAGUCAAACCAAACUCUGCUUCCUCCUCAGCUUCUGUGUGCAGAAAGGAUUUUAAAUGAAAAAACUUGCACAUUCAUUUUCUAUAUUAUAAACAAUAUGCAAUAUUACCCCCACUGGAAUAUAGUAAAAAUUUGGGUCUAAAUUGAUAUGCAAUAUUCACCUUAAGCAAGUGAUUUAGACUGUGAAAAAGUAUUUUGAAAUGAUCAUGAUCAUCUCGUAUAGUUUCUUGCAGCAUAUUAUUCAGGCAAAAAAAGAGUGUAGUUGUUUCUCCACCUAAUGUAUCUAACUAGAACUCGUAUAUGAAUAUGACUAUAUGCUUAGUAUUGUUAAAAUCACAAUGCAAUUUCUUGCAGUUCUCAGUAUUACUCUAAAUGGAAUAGUGUUUCAGAGCUCUGAAAUAAUCUUUUUCAUUUUAACAAAAAAAUUGCAUUUCUUAUGCAAGCAUGUGUCACAGGGCUCUACAUUAUAGGUACCUGAAGUUAGACCAGUUGCUAUUGAUAAUUUACAAAAUAGUUUAGCCUAAGUAUUAAUCUAAAAAAAAUUACUAUUGGAUUAUCGUGAGGCCUUUUUAGCCGAUUACAAUAUGAUUGAAAGCAUAAAAAGUGUACUUCGUAACUGUGCCUACUCAAAUGAAAAAGGAUAUCCCAAUUGAAAUAAUGUUGCUUGGAAAAUUGGUAGAGCACAAUAAGGCACACUUUUCUUUUUUUUUUUUCUAAAAAAAAGUUUUAAAGUGCCUGGCGUGAAAAAUUUUAUUUUAAUGUAUAGCCCUGUACAUUUUAUACUUUUUGGAAAUAAUUUUGUAUGCUUAUAGUGCUACUAAAGGUAUUGCAGGACUCCACGGUUUUGUCUGCUAAUAGUGCUGAUAUUUUCUAAAGCCAUUCUAAUAACCCUGGUUUAGUACUCCUCUUCCCCAGUCCCACUUCUUGUUCAUGGUUAGCAGCGUAUGCUUCCUAUGUAGGCCUCUGCCUUUAAGUAGUCAAGAGACGUGACAACGUUCAGGGUAAAAUGGCAUGACGAAUGGCCUACCUUCUCACAAUAGGUCAUCCCAUGUGGUGCUUUGGCUUCUCAAAGAUUUAAAAGCAAAAUAGAAAAGAUUAAAAUCCACUCUACCGAGUCCUAUCCCGAAGAAAUAAGGAAAUUGAAAAGAAUCUAGGAUUUUAAACUGUAACCAGAAUGUUGUAUGGCAUUCCUUUUGCAGGAACUUUGGAAAGUCACAUGGAUUUUCCCCAACUGGCUUACCCAAGGGCCAGUGGACAAGAGCAAGUCUAAAAAAAUGGCUUUUCAGAAAACAAUUUUGGUGAAAAACAGGCCUCGGAGCAUCAACGAUCCCCUCAGUUAUAAUUGCAUUCUCCUGGAUCUGAGCUUUAAUAUUGCUCUCCAGGAGGUGGUGGUAGUUUUUGUUUUUUUAAACUUUAAUGUUCUGACUCUCUAAUUCUCUUUUUUGUUGUCUAGCCUCUCCCAAGGCCUUGAUUCUCCCCAAAACUCUGUUGCGGAUAAUAAAACAAGCCUUGGAGGGGGAAGGCAUUUUUGUUCAACAUAUAUGCUCCAUUAGAAACAGCUAACACUAUUGCUUCCACUGUGGUAGGAAGCAGUUAAUACCUGUUCUUAUUGCUUCCCUGUCUUUGGUGGCAGUGUUGGAACAAAACACUAAUGGCAAAAAGUCAAGCUUGAGGGACCAAGGUAUCGACAACUUUUUAAGUUCAGUAAUUUUAAAAAUCGGAAGUUCCGUGUUAUCUGACAGGUGAUUUUUAUCAUCAACAUGAUGACAACACACAGAAUGUUUUUGCCUAGGAAGACUAAGCUUAGUAGUGAAUUUCCCAUUAUUUUUAGCCUCUGUGAUUUCUUUAAGAUAGCACCAAAUUGUUCCCUAAGUAGCCAAGCACUUUGAUUCACUUGUUUUGCAACUUGGUUCAAAGCAGAGCUGUGCAUGACACCUGAGUGUGAAAUACCCAUCCUAUGUGUACUUGUUGCCGAAUAUAAGUGAUAUUACAGGGGCUCGAAAAAUCGCUUUACUUUUAUCUCAAGCAUCUAUUCUGUUUCAGAUCUUAACUCAGAUUUCACUUUCACUUUGGGGGACUUAAGCAUGAGAAAAAUAAUUAAGCCAUCACCUACCUCUGCAAGCAGGCUCUUCUCUGUUGGAUGAUUGCUGUUUUCUGCAUUGGCCUGCAUGAUCCACUGACCUGCAUGUCUUUGGGGGGCGUUUUCAGCUUCAUUGGUAAAUUAUCUUUUCUACUCACUGGCUGGGCCUCCUUACACUUGGACAGCAAAGCUUUAUUCAGUACUUGUAAGAACUCUUCUUCCAGCAAACUGUGACUCUGGGGCACACCUCAUCCGCAGCAUUGUUGAUUUUAAGUGCUUGGAAAUCAUAUUCGAAGGCCCGAAGACUGCUUCUCUUAACCGAUGCUGGGUUGUCUCACCUCACCGACUAACCUGCUCUGGAGAUCUCUCAGCACGCUCUGUAUUAAGUUGUCAAGUCUCUUGUGGAAGAAUACAUUCAUGUUUUUCUAAUUUUAUUUCAUUUUUUUUUCCCAUUUUUCAGCUGUAGAGUAGUUCCUGGAGAUGGAAUUGACCAACAGUGCGCUCUGUUACAUUGCAGCUUCCUUCCUUUACCUGUUGUGGUUGUGGUUUAAAUAGUGGUAGCCGAUUGCACAAAUGAAUGGAAACCACUGACAUUUUCCCAAAUGUCCACCUUUUUUGAUAUGCUACCUGCAAUUGUUUUUGACUAACAUUUCUCAAGUGAUAAACAGAAAAGCUUUACACAUUAAGUGCUACUGCAGGAAGAAAUCUUACAAGUGCUGGAGAAACCUACUUCCAACAAUGAUCGACAUGUUAGUUUCUGAUCUAUUAGAAAUAUUCAAAUGGGGGGAUUUUCUUAAUGCAGAUAUUCUUUUUUAUCUGAUUGUUAAACCUGUGCACUUUUGAUAUUUUGAUAUUUUACAGUAGCUUCCUUGAUUCCUUAUGUAGAGAAGUUAUAUAAGAUGCUGUGGUUUGUGCUAAUAGUAACUCUUCCAUUUUGGGUUCGUACUUGUUGAUUUCUACAUCAGCAUGUUGCAGAGAUCUGUAUUAUUUUGUUUUGCUCUAGACUGUGUUUAGAAGAGAGCUUCAACACAAGCCGGGGAGCUCUGCUAAACUAUAUAUGUGCUGUGCUUCAGCAGCUUUUUUAAUUAUUAAGAUGUCCUGGUUUAUGUUUUAAAUUACUGAUUUUAACUGCCAUGGUCAUUACAAAAUCCAGGGUGUUCAGAUUCUGGGAUUUUUUUCAUAUUGUAUUAUUAUUCUUAGGAAUAGUUCAAUGUAACAAGAAGAAAACUUGACUUUGCUCUGGUUAAAAACAGUAAUAGGCACUUGAAAAAAUGUUGAAUAAGUAGUAUUAUCUAGAAACUCCAGGAUUUCUGGGUUUUAGGAAAUUGUGAAGCAUGAUUGACUAACAGAAUUUUCUACAACUGUACCAGUGAAAUUCCAAAUUGGAAUUGUUUCGUUACUUCUUUGUUUGUUGUGCCAAAUUAUGGUACAUUUAGAAAGAAAAAUUCUAAAGUUGUCAAUUAUCGGGUGUUCUAUUUCAGCGCCUUUUUGUUAUUAAUUGUUGCCAGUAGUGCCUUUAAUCAUUUGAAAGAAUCCUAGAAUAGUUCAGUCUAUUCGGUGAAAAGCAAGGAGCUGGUUUGGACUUUAGCAAAGAUGCGGAGCAAUAAGUGCAAAGAGAACUCCCCCUUUCGCACAUUUUUAAUGGGUAGUCUUAAUACAGAGUUCUAUAUACGAGGAAUUGUAAAGAAUCCUGUUAGUCAAUGAUACUUCACCAUGCAGAUGCUUGCAAAUUCAGGGGUAUUGAAAACACAGUAACAAAAAAAAAUAAUAAAGAAAACAAUGAAUAAAUACACUUUUGGAACCAAAUGGACUUUUAUCGAAGAAAUAAACAAGAUGUAUUAACACUUUUGAGGUUGCAGUUUGGAGGAUGUAUUGGGAUAUUGAUGUUCUGUUAGCUUUGUAUGGUGGUGGACACAGUUUAACCAUAGUAUUGUUUGCAAAUGUGAAAACAAGACAUUAAUAUCUUCUCUUGCAUGUUGUAUCUAAUCAUUGUAAUUUCAGGAAACAGAAACAGAGAAGUGCAUCAACAAGCUGGAAGUGUUUGUUGAGGCUAGUGUGAACGAUUAAAUUGGUACUUCUGAAAUAUUUUUUUUUUCCCAAAAAAAGUACAAAUUGUAAUAAUAUAAGUGAGAAAGAGUUCUGUUUGCUGGAAUAAGCAUUAUUAUUCCUAGAUGUGGGGACUUUUAUAUUUUCCUCUUCUGUUGCAGUAUUGAUUCAUAAGAAAUAUUGUUACAUUUAAAAAUUACUUCAUUUGUAUGUGGGUAUUUAUUUGAAAUGAUGUCAAAGUACUGUAUUAUGUUUUAUGUGCAUUAUCUUUAGUGGCGGAUUGGUCUUUAUUUUAUUGUCAUAUGCAUGUACUCUUGCCAAGUAACCUUUACACAGAUAUGAAAAAGCAAAUGUCAUUGUUUAAAACGACACAUGGAAAGACAUAAUGGUGUUAAGUUGGUAACUUUAGGCGGUGUAGAGAAAUAUGUUACUUCCAAAUUAAGAAAAAACUGUAGGUAGGAAACAGCCUGCCUGUGUAAAGGUAGUAAUUUUGGCAAUAUCAAUAAUAAAAAAAAUUAAAAACGCA